UCAUACAAGAGUUCUAAAUAGUUUGUGUGUGUGUUGUGGACGUUUAAACUCUUUGAGUUGUGUGAGAAACACGUUUUCUUAUGUCAAUGAUCAGCCAUGGAACAAGAACAUGGAACUUGUUAUAACGCUGUCUACUGCAGGGGUUUGAAGAAACAUUUUGGAAGAGGAAAAAAUAAACUUGAAAUACUUUGUGGUUUAAAUAUGUCCGUGCCCUAUGGUGCAAUCUAUGGACUUCUUGGUUCCAGUGGAUGUGGGAAGACAACUCUACUUAAAUGUAUCAUUGGAAGAAUGAAAAUAGACGGUGGCAUUGUUCGUACUCUAGGUCAGUCUCCUGGGGCUAGAGGUCACCAGGUUCCUGGAAGGAUGGUGGGAUAUAUGCCACAGGAAAUAGCACUCUUUAUGAACUUCAGCAUCCACGAAACUUUAAACUUUUUUGGUCAGCUUCAUGGCAUGACAAACUCUGCUAUCAACCAUAGAAGUGAAUUUCUUCUGAAUUUUCUCAACUUGCCAGACAGCAGUCGAUUAAUAUGCAAACUAAGUGGAGGUCAACAAAGACGAGUCUCUUUAGCAGCAGCAUUGCUACAACAACCUGAACUUUUGAUUUUAGAUGAACCAACUGUAGGAGUGGAUCCAGUUCUUAGAGAAAAAAUCUGGGAGCAUCUUUUAGAGAUCGCCAAAAGCAGUUUAAAAACGACUAUCAUUAUAACAACCCAUUACAUCGAAGAGGCAGCACAAGCAGAUAAGGUUGGACUGAUGAGAGGUGGACGUUUAUUAGCAGAGAAUAAACCCAGUGUACUCAUGGCUAAAUUUGGACUUUUGAACUUGGAAGCUGUUUUUCUCCAUUUGUGUCACAGAGAUCGUCUGCCAAACAACGAUGAUAGCGAACUUUUGCCUUCUAUCUCUGAACCGUACAGCGAUACAGAACAGGACAGAGGACUUUUGUACAGAAACUACUCAAGUGGAUCUGACAAAAUAAUAUUCAAUGGCUCAAAAAAUGAAAUCUCAGCAACAACAGCCUACGGGACAGGAUUGGCUAAAGGUCACAGAGUUUCCUUCCAAAAGAAACUAUUAGUAGCAUCAUGUGUUCCGUCCUGCAAAAACAUCAAAGCUGUUUCGGGAAAAAAUUUGAUUUUUAUGAAAAGAAAUAUUUCUCUAUUGCUGUUUGAAUUUCUGGUGCCAGUCAUACAGAUCAUUUUGUUUUGUGUAAGUAUUGGCGGUGACCCACGUGACCUUCCCGUCAGUGUUUGCAAUCAAGAUGUUGAUGAACUUGGCACACUUUUUGUGGGAUUCAUCAGCAAUACCACAAUGCAUUUGGUGAUGAGAGAUGAUAUCAACCUAGCUAUAAAUGAUGUUCGUGAUGGAUUAAGUUGGUCAGCUUUACACAUUAAAGAAAAUUUUUCUAUGGACUUAAUGACAAGGCUAGAGGAAGGCCCGCGUGCAACUAAUGCUACAAUAGAUGGCAGUACCAUUGAUCUUUACCAGGAUAUGUCAAACAAACAAAUAGCUAUUACUAUACAAGCCAAGAUGUUAGAAACAUUUUCAUUAUUUACUUCCGUCUUGUUGGAAUCGUUUGGCUACAACUCAAACUUAGGAAGCCUGCCGAUAAAGUUGGCGAAGCCUGUAUAUGGGAAUACUGCCACAACAUUGACAGAUUUCAUGGCGUGCGGAGUAAUAGUCAGUGCAACAUUUUUCCUGGCUUGUGGUCUGACAGCCAUGUCAUUCAUUUUAGAAAGGAAAGAAGGUUUGAUUGAGAGAAUGCAGGUAGCAGGAGUCAAUCCACAAGAAAUCAUGAUUGCCCAUGUAGUGACACAGUUUCUGGUGAUGAUGGGUCAAGUAUCUCUGAUGUUGCUUAUUGCGUUUGUUGUUUUCAAUAUAACAAAUGAAGGAAAUCUCUUCUAUCUUCUAACUUUGAUAGUAUUGCAAGGAUUGAAUGGAAUGGCUUUGGGUCUACUUAUCUCCGCCUGUUGUGAGACUGAAAUAGCUGCUAUACAAGCCGCUCUAGGGAUUAUGUAUCCAUUUCUUUUGACCAGUGGUAUCAUUUGGCCCAUAGAAGCUAUGCCCCAGUGGAUGAAGCACAUUUCUCUAAUCUUACCACUGACCUAUCCAACCAAUGCAGCAAGAGCCAUCAUGGGCAAAGGAUGGGGAAUGAGUAUGACAAUAGUCUGGUCAAGUUACUUAUCAACCACUGCAUGGAUAGUCUUAAUGUCCACUUUAUCAUUUGUAAUCAUUAAAAUUAAAGCUAUCUAAUAGCACUAUCA